GACAGUCAGCCAAUCAGACGAGCACUUGCGUGCCAGCUGGGCGGGCGCGAGCGGUGGGAAGGCGCUAUCGUUGCAGUAUGGCGGACGAUGGGGACGGUAGGAGUGCAGUGGCGGACACCAGCGGCGAUCAGGGGACAACAGAGGAGUUGGAUCCGGGGGCCGGUCUCGGUUUAGGCGGCAUGCUGCUCAAUCUCAGCGUUCUCGUGCUCGUGCUGGCCGCGUGUUACGUGCUUUACGCGCGCUGGUGGAGGAGGGCGGGCGCGGAUUUGGGCCGGGGCAGUGAGGCCUCACCGCUGCCCAAGAUGAGGAGACGCGACUUCACCCUGCAGCAGCUGCGCGACUACGACGGCGUGCAGAACCCGCGCAUCCUCAUGGCAGUCAACACCAAGGUCUUCGACGUGACCAGCGGCAAAAAGUUUUACGGACGCGAGGGCCCCUACGGGAUCUUUGCGGGACGUGAUGCUUCUCGGGGUUUGGCAACAUUCUGCCUGGAGAAGGACGCGUUGCGGGACGAGUAUGAUGACCUUUCAGACCUGAACGCUGUACAGAUGGAAAGUGUUCGAGAAUGGGAGAUGCAGUUCAUGGAGAAAUAUGACUAUGUUGGCCGUUUAUUGAAGCCAGGAGACGAACCAUCUGAGUACACAGAUGAGGAGGACAUGAAGGACCAUCAAAAACAUGAAUGAUCUGCUGAAUCAUCACAGCAGCUGAAGCCCAGGACUGAGAAGGCCACCAUUCAGAAUUGUUUAACCCCAGCAAGAAAACCCCUCAGAACCUGUCCCACUACUGCUCCAUCACAGCGGAGAUCAACACGUCUGUCUAAAAGCCCCCAGCCGUUCUGACUGUUCUUCUGCCAAAACAGACCAAUAGCCUUUUCAGAGUUACUCUUCUUGUCUGUUCUUGAAACCUCAAUCCAGCUCCUUGUGUCCCUGAUUUAGACCAGAAACACCAUCAAACACUACUAAACCCUAAUUUCGCAGUCUAACCCCUAAACCCUCUGUGACUUACCCUACAGUCCAACAGAACUUGAGUCUUGAUCGCACAUGCGAGUGUUCAGGCUUGGACUGACAAUGUGAAGAGAUGAUUGAAAGGAGGAGACACUGAAUUACACAGACAUUUUAUAUUCACUUCAUUUUCUUUGGGGACUUCACUGUUCGUGAGCGUACAUAGAGCGGGGCAGAUGCCUGGAGUUCAGUCCACUACAGGUUAAACCUGGGGUCUCUUAUUUUUUUAUUUUCCUUUUUUUUUUUUUGUUUGAAUUGGUCACGUCUCGAGCAUUAGAAGCUCAUGCAGAUUCAUCCACUGUCGUUUUAAGUCAAAGUCAGCGUCGAAUGGAAAUGGUAACAAUCCAAAAGCCAGUCAAUCCAAAGGUUAAGGGGGGGUUUGGUAGGUGGGUGCUCUUAGCAGUUUUUCUAUUGUGCGCACCACUAGAUUCUAGUGUUUCUUUGUCACAAUGUGAUUGUAAAGCAUUAGGGAUGGGAGGCUAUCCAUUAGCAUCGUCGCCAUAAACUUCUUGUUUUAUUGGAGUUGUAUAAAUCGGAACGGCUGGUCGGGAUGCAAAGGGAAGAUCAGUACACACGUUUAAUUGGAUCGGCUCAUCAGUCAACAGAAGUCUCCCUUCCCCAUUAACGAAACAGUCAGUGUAGUUAUUGUGCCUUAUUUCUGUUUAAUUCUACUACAGAAUAGUCGAGAGAUGUAGAAAGAUACAGGUCUGAGACUGAGAAAGCGCAAAGACGAACCGUGUCCUGCUCUGCCCUUUCCCGUUAUCUACUCGUAGGAGGUUUUUCAGAAGCCAAGGCAUCCUUUCCCUUCAUUUCCUUAAAGUUUGUACGAUGAGGCGUGUUCACGUCUGUGAGCGAAACGGACUUGAGAGGCUCGGACGCCAUUAUCGUGAUCUUGUACAUAGACUUUAUGAGCUAUUUCAGUGUUACUGCCAUAUCUGCGCUGUUAUUAAACUCCACGCACUGCUGUGUUGUACUGGCCAAAAGAUCCAUUGCUCUUUCUCUGUUUCCAUCCGUUUCCCUCUCUUUAGUUUUUUUUUUUUUUUUUUUUCUCAGCUGAGUUUAUUUUUAAUUGUGGGUAAUUUUUCAAAUCCACCCUUAAGUGUUAUUUUUGUUUUUCUUCUGGAGUGGGGAACUACAAGUUUGGACAAAUAUUUUGUCUUUGCUGGGGGAGGGGGUGAGGCGAAAUUUGUGGAUUCUGUAAAUAUGUGUAUCAUUUUAUUAAAGCAUGUGCAGCAAACAGUGAGGUAA